CUACAUUUCUCUUUUGUGUCCAAAUUGCAAUUCACCGAAAUAAUUUCCCUGUAGAUCUUCUUCUUCAUAUGAUGAUUUGCUCUCUCAGUGUUUGAAGGCAAUGAUGCAGAGCGAAAAUUCUGUUGAAGAUUCGCUUCAUAUCCGCAAGCUGGAGGUUACUGACAAAGAAAAAGGCUUUAUUGAAUUGCUGAGACAAUUGACUGUCUGUGAUUCUGUUUCGGAUGAGAAAUUUAAGGAGAGAUUUGAAGAAAUUGCGAAAUAUGGCGAUGAUCAUUGUAUUUGUGUGAUCGAAGAUGUUCGAUCAGGGAAGAUUGUUGCGACUGGAAGUGUGUUUAUUGAGAAGAAGUUUGUGAGGAAUUGUGGUAAAGCUGGACAUAUUGAGGAUGUUGUGGUCGAUUCGAGUGCUCGUGGGAUGCAAUUAGGUAAGAGAAUUGUUGAGUAUCUUGCUGAUCAUGCUCAUUCAAUGGGGUGUUAUAAGGUAAUCCUUGAUUGCACUGAAGAGAAUAGACCUUUUUAUGAGAAAUGUGGUUUUAAGAAAAAAGAGAUUCAGAUGGUUAAGUAUUUUGUUUGAUGAAUA